GGUGGCAGUGGCAGUGGUAGUGGUAGUGACGGUGACGACGGUGGCGGAGGAGGAGCGAGAAGAGGAACGGAAGGAGCGAGAGACCGCGUCGGGAAGCGCUGGCACGCGGUGUGGCGAAAAAUGGCGAAGACGUUUCGCACGGUAGCGGUCUCGACUCUGUCAAACAAUGGACAGUCCACGCCGAAGUACAACAAACCGGUCACGCUCAAUAUCAAUUACGACCCGCAGGGCCUCAGCGUCGAACUGGUCUCAGAUGUUAGCAGCAGAGAGAAAACAACUUUGCUGGAAUUUCCAGUGACUCCCAGUACUGAAUGUUCUCGUGUAUCAUCUCGAAGUUACGUUUUUACACUUGAUACAGAUAGUUUACUCAUUACAUUUGCUAAUGAAACAGAUUUUCGCAACUUUCACUCGCACAUAGUAAAGCUCAAGAUGGGAAAAGGCGUAUCCGCAUUUAAUGAACGAACGGAGGAAUCUUCGGCGAUGCAGUAUUUCCAGUUUUACGGCUAUCUGUCGCAACAGCAGAACAUGAUGCAGGAUUACAUUAGGACUAGCACGUAUCAACGAGCGAUUCUCGGCAACCUGUCUGAUUUUAAGGAUAAGGUUGUGCUGGACGUGGGCGCUGGCUCUGGUAUCUUAUCGUUCUUUGCCAUACAAGCUGGCGCGAAGAAAGUGUACGCGGUGGAAGCAAGCAAUAUGGCAAACCACGCCGAGCUUCUAGUUGCAGCUAAUAAUUUAUCGGAUAAAAUAAUAGUCAUAGCUGGCAAAAUAGAGGAGAUUGACUUGCCUGAGCGCGUGGACUGUAUAGUGAGCGAGCCUAUGGGAUACAUGUUAUACAAUGAGAGAAUGCUCGAGACUUAUUUGCACGCGAAGAAGUGGCUAGUUCAAGGCGGAAGAAUGUUUCCCUCCAGAGGUGAUCUGCACAUCGCGCCAUUCUCUGACGAAAAUCUUUACAUGGAGCAGUUCAAUAAGGCUAAUUUUUGGUAUCAGACAUGUUUCCACGGGGUAGAUCUCUCCGCCAUGAGAAACAAUGCCAUUAAGGAGUACUUCAGGCAGCCGAUCGUCGAUACUUUUGAUAUUAGAAUAUGUAUGGCGAAGUCCGUGAGGCACAUAGUAGACUUCCAAACAGCUGAUGAGACUGAUUUACAUAAAAUAGAAAUAGAUGUCGAUUUCCAUAUACUGGAGAGUGGUACAUGCCACGGUCUAGCUUUUUGGUUCGAUGUAGCGUUUAUCGGAUCAACGCAACAAGUUUGGUUGAGUACAGCUCCUACCGAACCUCUCACGCACUGGUAUCAAGUACGCUGCCUCCUGGAGAAUCCACUGUUUUGCAAGAGUGGACAGCUGCUCUCUGGGAAAGUUAUUCUUAUAGCAAAUAAAAGACAAUCCUACGACGUAACAAUAGACCUGAAGCUCGAAGGAACGAACAUGGAAAGCAGUAGCAAUACCUUGGAUUUGAAGAAUCCGUACUUCCGGUACACAGGCGCCGCGGCACAACCGCCACCUGGCUUAAACAACACCUCGCCCAGCGAGUCGUACUGGACGACUCUGGACGCGCAGGGUGCACGACAAGCGGUGAACAUGGUGAACGGAAUGUCGGUUAACGGUCUCGGCGAGGUCUCGAUGGAUGCAAGCGCGACCGUAAAUCCGAAUAAUUUGCUGGCAAUAGGGGGACAACCGAACAUUCAUCCAGGUUCUAUCUCGAGUACGGGACGAGGUCGUGUUGGAGGUACGGCCACUAGCACACAAGCAGCACAACUAAUAGGCGGUGGAAUAACUCCGAAUAUGUUCACUUCACCCGCUACUCUUGGUGUUACUUUCCAGCAAUCGCUGGUCCUCGGCAACACUUCUCAUUAUCCAGUGAAUCCCAGCCUGAUGAUCGGUGACUACGUGACUCCUGGGAACGGCAUAUCGCCGCAGGCGUAUCGGCAAUGAUCUAUGGCAAAAUCGUUCCUCGCCGAGUAUUCCCGUAAAGUAAAACAGUUACAGAACGACCGUAAUAGUUGUAGCAGUAUUGGAGACGCCGGCAACAACAGUAAGCAAAGCCGCAAGCUGGUAUUUAGCUCCCCAGCCAGUAAGCUUCGAUUAUCGUCCGCCGUGCGAAUUCUAAGUACCGUCGACUUGGCCAACUUUAAUCCGGGCUUUGGUCAUAGCAGCAGCGUUGCUUAUACAAACAAAGGUACAGCUGGCCCCGGGUUUGCGUUUGAUUGGAAUGUCGCAAGGAAUAAGUCCCAGUGGGAGGCGCGUUGGAAAAGACUGCGAGCCGUCCUCUCGUAGUUGUCAUUAGUUGUCAUACGGUUGAUUUUCAUUUCGUCGUCUCUCCGAAAAGAAGAAGAAGAAGAAGGUGAUCUUCCAGAUCGGCGUGCAUGCUUGCCAAAUCUAUCCCGCCCCAUCUCCCUCCCCACACAUACAUACACAGACAUACGUGAGAAUAUGAUAUUUUUUAAUGACAAUACAGUCGUCGCCAUAGCAUAGACAUCACUAUUUUACGAAGUCUUGACACACAAAUUCGCGAAAUGAUAAUUUAUACAUGGAAGAGAGAAUCGGGAAUGAUCGUUUUGCGAUUCUUUCGUUUUAAUUCGGUGAACUGAAAUGAUUUGCGAUCGACCGAAUGUUUGGUGACAGGCGUAUUUUACUAAGCUGCGACGUUGGCUUGACGUUGGGUUUCGAUAUCAAGCGACUUUUACACGAGUUUUAGACUAGGGAGACCAGCGUUUCGAACCUUUUGAGAAGUGCAAAGAGCAAUAAUACAUUAGGCAUACGUUGUAGAAGCACUCUGUGGCAUUACCUGUUAUUCCGAUGUCUCUUGCGCUCGUUUUUUAAUCGAUGUUUAUUUCUUUAGCGUGACAAUACGCGCGGAAGGAGUUCUGAUGACUUCUCACGAGUAUUAGCUAUUAUCAUUUCAGUCCCGAGUACAACCCGUACUGAGGUGUUUUAAUCAUUUAUUGAUGUGACUCAUCAGUCUCGGUUACGUACGUUUUGUAGGUAAAUUGUAUAUAUCGAAAUAAUGCGAACAUAUAAGUCGCGGGAUACUUCAUCCAGAGAAAAAGAAACGACACUGCACUGAUCGAACACAAUACAAAAUCGUCCGAAAAACUAUGAGUAUAGCGAGUUGUUGCCAUAGUGUGUAUAUGUAAUAAACAGAUUUGUUACGAAUGUACUGUGCAUUGGGCAAGAAUCGCUCGGAAAAAUGGAAUCUUAUAGUUUUACAUAAGACGAUCUGUAAUUUGUAAGGUAUAGCUUUGCGUUACACUUAGUUCUUUUUUUACGUAUAUUUUGUAGUCGCGAGAAAUGUCUGUUUUAAAAGAUUCUCACGAAUUCUGUCUGAAAAUGUAUUAUGUAAAAUUUACAUUGUAAAUGAUAACGAUUUAAUUUUCACAGAAAUAAGUCGGAGUUUUUAUCGAUUGUAAAACAAAUGUAUAUCACAGAUUUGUUUUAUUAGGCUAUCGUACACGAUACUUUUUCCUUAUCGCACUUGUAAUUUACGUAAUUAAAAAGUUGACAUCACACCUGCGUUCAAUUGUGUGACACGUUUACGUAUAUUAUUGUAACAUACCGCGCCGCAAUAUCACACAGCAUCAAAAUCUUUGAAGAUAGACAUUUUUUGCAUUGAUGAUCUGUACGCGUGUUAAGUGAUGCUCCGAAACUUAUACAUGUUCCCUGUACUCAUAAUAAUGAAGUAAAAAAACAAACAAAUAUACGGCCAUAAUAAUUUUUCAUCAUUUUUAACCCUUUCCACUCGUGCAUCGUGAUACGGCGCAAAAUCCAUUUACCAUUUACCAUUUUGCUUAAUCAUUUUUUAUUUAUAAUAAUUUUUUUAUUAAGCGUUAACUUCUUGAUAAGAAUGUACUUCUGAUCGUAUUAUAUUAUUGGUAACACAUCUGAGUGCAAAGGGUUAAAUUGUUGAAAUAUCGAACUGUUUAACAGUUUCUUGUGCACGCCUUGGGUGUUAUGUCUGGUGUGCGGCGCUAUUUCACACCGCAUUGAGAAUUUUUUACUCCGUUGAAUAAUUGUGAGAAAUACACAAUCGUCACUGUGUAUGGAACCCGUUGUACAUACAUACAUCUAUACAACAUACGAAUACAUAUAUAUAUAUAUAUAUACACCCUCGAAUAAUUUCUAUAUAUUGUUUAGGUGUACAAGAUAACUCACCGGGAACAAUCCAGUGGAUUUGUUCCCAGUGGACUAUCCUGCAUAAUACCUAGAUCUCGAGAGAACUCUUUUGAGUCCAAUUAGUUCUUAAGAACGUUACACUUUGUUUGUUAUCUGCACACGCAUGCCAUUCAAUCCUGACACACAUACACACACAGACACACCUCCCAGUUACCUCGUCGCCGUGAAUAUGUAUCACUUUUUUGCAGCAGCAACAGUUUAUUGCGUGUUACCUUCACCAAGACAUCCUUCAGAUCGAGAAACUGUUCGACGUGAAAGGCGCAUUAUGCGGGUCGUUCGCGCGAUACACCGGAUCGCCGGGCGCAUUGGUGUACUUGAAAUCAAAGCUAGAUGAUUUGUACUUAUUCAUAUAUCCAUACAGGAAUCUUUUUCGUGUCUCUCGUCGCGUGCAUACACGCGCGAAGGGUGUAAAUAGCGCGUGGCAAUUUCUCGAUGAAGUAUUUCUGGAAAGAGCGAAAGAGGGAGUGUCAUAUGUACGCUUGUUAAUACACGCCUCGGCACACACAAAUGCAAAUCCAUCUCGUGACAGGCAUUCCACAAGUGCUACUAAUACUGCAUGGUUUGUUGUUGUAAUAAUUAAUAUAAGAACAAUUGCUUCUUCCGCCGUUUCUUUUGGGAUAGCGACACCGGAAGCAACAUCUAGGAUGCAACGUCGUCUUCUGCUCUUCUCUCCGCCUCGCGCGCAUCACCAUCGGAGCACUCCGAGACUCGAAAAAUUGCAAUAUUAACGAUGUUCAAUAUUCGGCGUUUCUGGAUGUUGUUUGCGGUGCAAGUCUCUUACAUUGAUGUGAAUGUGUGCGUUUUUCUUUUUGUACCGUUAGGAUAUCGAAUAUAUAAGACUGCUACGCCGCCCGGAAAAACAUAUACGCAACAGUACAUAUCUAAUCCCAGUCGUGGUUGAUCGUCCCGCUUCUCCUCGUAUCGUUUGAAUUUAAGAGGAAGAGGUUUCUCUCACAUAAUUGACAUGUACAUAAUAUUCUCGGUUGAGAUGCGUUUUCUCAAAAUCGCCUGUCUGUUUUAAUUGGACCCUCGAACGUUUUCUAAACUGGGGUGUCACUUCGUUAGUUAGCUUUGACUCGUGUGUGCUUUCGGGCGGUACGUUCGAGUAUUAAGUAGAGUCCAGCAGUGUUAUAUAGAAAAUCCAUGCGUUCCAACGACUGAAAAUCAUAUAAGAUAUCUCAGGUAGUUACGCGAGCUCGAAGGAUGCCUUUACUGCGCUAAGUGUCUAAAUUUUGUCUGAUUUCUCGAGGUUCGUUUGUGAUUCAGCAUUACGGACGCAGAUACAGAUUUCCGUUCACGCUUCGUAUCCCGGUGAAGCAUAAGCAUGGUUUUACACAGGAACAUUGUAUAAUCGCAUAAAAUCAGAAUCAUACAAAUAUAAUCUAUAGUGUAAUUGUGUAGUAAAAUUGACCAAUCAUGCUUGAGAUAAGUUAUUGUCGAAUUGAUUGUUUCCUUUGCCAUACCUGUGGAACUCUUCAACAUGACAAUUAUUUUUGUCCGAUUUUAUUCGUGAUGUAGCAAUCAACGUAUAGCGUCUUAAGUUUUUGCCAAGUGUAACGCUGUCUGAAUAAUUUUAAGCAAUUUUAAUCAAAAUGAACAGCAGCUUGUCUAAUCUUAUUUUUUAAAUCCGUUCACGGGAGUUUGAUUUAUGUAAAAGCACAUAAUUUCUAUUAUGUAUUUAUUACAGCAAAAAAAUUCUAUUAUACAGAGAUAAAAGAAGACCAGUUAGCAAUCCGAGACUGUAGUACUUACGAAUAACAGGAUUACAAUGAAGCAGAAACAUUGUUCUAGACAUUCUACGUAUUAGUACAGUAUUCAUUGUAAAUACGACAAUAUUUUUGCAGCGACUGCAGAUUUUUUUAUCGCUUGUAAGAAAUUCUUUUUCAUAUGCUAUAUACGCAAAUCUGAGGUAGCGUUUGGUUUAACACGAACAAGUUCAGCGUACGCUCACGCUUAUAUCUAAUUAGUGAUUUCAAUCAAUUUUUAAUAAAUUUCCUUUUAACGAUGCAUCACAAUAAUUUAUUGUCAAUUAUUAGGAGUACUAAUUUUAUAUGGGAUAUUAAAAUUUAUAUUAAAUUUAUAUUAAAAUGGGACAUUUCAAUGUUUACGUUGAUUCGAAUGCGAUUGCAUUACGCUGAAUUGUGGGACGUAUAAUUACAUGGAUACAUAAAGUAUAUAAGUUUACGAUAAGUUAUUUGAUUUUUAAGACACCCGCCAUGACGUGGCAACCUUUGGAAUUGAAAUUUUGUUCUCUUCUCUUAGAGAGCCUCGUUUUUAAUAAAGGUAUUUCAACGAA